AGGGAUCGAAUCCCCAGCAGUGACCAUGGAGGAGAGUAUAUAACACAGUGAGAAGCAGCAUUCAGCAUCACAUCUCCACCAACCAACACCAUGACCGUAGCGAAGGUUGCAGUCCUCAUGAGCAUGGUGGCUCUUGUCAUGAGUGAGACAUCCUACCUCCACUCUGCUCCUGUCCACCAUGGGACUACAGUCAUCCAUGAGGGUCCAGUCCAUCACUCGUCUUCAGGUUAUCAUGGUGGCUCUGUUGUUCACGGUGGCUCAGUUAUUCACGGUGGGCCAGUUGUUCACGGUGGCUCAGUUGUUCACGGUGGCUCAGUUGUUCACGGUGGGUCAGUUGGCCAUGCUGGUGCAGUUGGCCAUGGUGGUGCAGUUGUCCAUGGUGGCCCAGUUGGCCAUGGUGGUGCGGUUCAUAAGUCAGCCUCGCCACACUACAACUUCGCUUACGGUGUCCACGACGACUACUCCGGCACCAACUUCGGUCACAGUGAGUCCCGGGACGGCUACAAGACAGAAGGGAAGUACUUCGUCAAUCUUCCCGACGGUCGCAUCCAGACGGUCAAGUACUACGCGGACGAGCACGGCUACCACCCGGAGGUCUCCUACGAGGGCGUCGCCCACUACGACACCAACACCCACCACAAGUCCGGCCCUGUCCACGGGGGAAGCUACCAUAAAUAGGCUCCCGUGUGUCGAAAUAAAUGAUAUGUAUAUUCUUGACAAGGCGUUAAAAAUAUUUAUCAUGGUGUAAAAAAAUUGUUUCCCAUUGAAUUUGUAAAUUAAAAUUUAACUUCCCAAUUUGUAAAUAAAGAAGCGCAGAUUUAA